UCAAAGAUUUCCACCAUAAGUUGGUGUCCAGCUGUAAAUAUAUGGGUCCAAUUGAAAGUGACCCAUUAAUCUUAGGACACAAUUAGCGACGUCAGCAGUUGAAUUCGAGCAGAAGCGAUUCAAACUCCAUUUCUCAACUCGCCAUUGAUGGACAAUCAAGAACAGAAUCGCAAUUGCCAGUCCCAAGACCUCCCACAAGUUCUGCUCCUAAAACCGCCACCAGUCGUGACGGUCCUCGGAGAGGAUCAAUUUUUGUCAAAUAGAUAUCAGUUGUUGAAAGCAUGGGAGUCGCCACUCCCUCUUCACCAAUUAUUAACCAAACACGCCAACUCAAUCCAAGCCAUUCUUUGCUCCGGCGAUUCUCCUGUGACCGAUGACCUACUCCAGCGGCUUCCAUCAGUCAGGCUUGUCGUCACGGCUAGUGCCGGCAUCAACCAUAUCGACUUAAUUGCCUGCCGCCGACGCGGAAUUUCGGUAACCAAUGCCGGUAUCGUGUUUUCCGACGGCGGUGCAGAUGCCGCAGUGGGCUUGUAUUUUGAUGUUUUGAGAAAGAUUUCCGCUGCUGAUCGUUAUGUGAGGCAGGGGCUUUGGGUCAAAAAAGGGGACUAUCCCCUAGCUUCUAAGAUUGGAGGGAAGCGAGUGGGAAUAGUUGGAUUGGGAAGCAUAGGCUCAGAAGUUGCUAAAAGACUAGAGGCUUUUGGCUGCAUUAUUUCUUACAAUUCAAGAAAGAAAAAGAAUUUUGCUCCAUACCCAUUUUAUUCCAGUGUUUGUGAACUUGCAGCUAACAGUGAUGCUCUCAUCAUCUGUUGUGCCUUAACAGAUCAAACCCAACAUAUGAUCAAUAAGGAAGUUUUAUCUGCGUUGGGAAAGGAAGGCGUCAUAGUUAACAUUGGACGCGGAGCUAUAGUCGAUGAAAAGGAACUGGUGAGGUUCUUGAUGGAAGGAAAAAUUGCAGGUGCAGGAUUAGAUGUGUUUGAGAAUGAGCCUCAUGUUCCUAAAGAGCUCUUUGGAAUGGAUAAUGUUGUUCUAUCUCCACAUAUUGCAGUCUUUACGCCAGAAUCUUUCAUGGCUUUGUGUAAACUUGUUGUGGGGAAUUUGGAAGCAGUUUUCUCUAACGGGCGCUUACUUUCUCCAGUCAUGGAUGAAUGAGUUGAUGGUCUUCAAGCAGAAAGACCGAAGAAGACAGAGGACAGAAGGAACUGGCUUUUGUUAGUUUUUGUGACAUACAUGUCCAGAAUUGGAUCUUGUUACUGUGAUUAAUGUAUAAAUUUUUAUAUUAUGGCUAAUAACUUCUACAGUUGAUUCUUUCUAACA